UGUGUUUGAGAAUUGGUAAGGUCCAUCGAAUGAGGCAAUAGUGUUAAACACGAGGUCGACGGACUAACGAAUAUGCUCUCUUCUCAGUGUGUGUACGGGUAUCAAAUUAUUGGUUCAAGUUCAAAGUAUUGCAAUCAAUAGCCCGUUAGUUUCGACCGGUCACUACACACUGGCAAAACAAAAGUCGAGUCGCACAAUUAAAACGGGAAAAACAACAAAAGGGAAUGGGCGAAAACGUAAAAGUGAUUGUGCGCUGCCGGCCGAUGAAUCAAAAGGAAAUUUGCAGCAAGUCUGAAACAAUUUUAGAGAUUGGAGACUACACUGUCUCCGUGAUAAAUCCCUUGGUUCGCAGUGCACCAAAGAAAGUAUUUCGAUUCGACAGCGUCUAUGAAGGUCUCUCAAAUAACGACACAAUUUACAAUGAUAUGUGCUACUCGUUGGUAGAGAGUACUCUAGAGGGCUACAAUGGAACCAUCUUUGCCUAUGGUCAGACUGGAUGUGGUAAAACACACACAAUGCAGGGUGAAGGAUAUUCUGGAGCUGCUGAGAGCAACGGCAUCAUACAGAGAUGCUUUGACCAUAUAUUUGAAACAAUCUCAAUAGCAACGAGCGUUAGGUAUUUGGCUUUAGUGAGCUAUUUGGAAAUUUAUAACGAGAAUAUACGAGAUCUGUUGAGUGCGAAUGAAUCAAUUGGGAUUAGGAAUCAUGCGCUAAAGGAUGUACCAGGCGUGGGUGUUACGGUUCCAACGCUAACCAGUCAAGCUGUUAUGAAUGCAACUGAUUGUUAUAAUUGGUUGAAUAUCGGCAACAAAAAUCGAAUUACGGCAGCCACAUUAAUGAACGAGAAGAGCUCACGAUCCCAUACAAUAUUCACCAUAAGUCUGGAACAAAUUCAGGAAUCUUCGCCAGCAGGCGAUCCACCAGCGACACCAGUCCUUGGAGGAAUACGACGUGGUAAAUUGAAUCUUGUCGAUUUGGCUGGAUCCGAAAGACAGUGUAAAACUGGAGCAUUUGGCGAACGGUUGAAGGAGGCAACAAAGAUCAAUUUAUCGCUAUCAGCAUUGGGAAAUGUCAUAUCAGCUUUAGUCGAUGGUAAAACAAAGCAUGUUCCCUACAGAGACUCCAAGCUGACGCGUCUACUACAGAACUCCUUGGGAGGCAAUACAAAAACGCUUAUGAUUGCAUGCAUAUCACCAGCUGAUAGCAACUACGAUGAGACGUUGUCCACGCUAAGGUAUGCAUGUCGGGCCAAGAACAUAUCGAAUGCGCCUCGAAUAAAUGAGGAUCCAAAGGAUGCACAAUUGAGAAAAUAUCAAGAGGAAAUCUUUAAUUUGAAGCGAAUGCUUGACGAAAGCCAUCAGCAUGAAAGUGUUAUACUACAUAAAUUUGUUGAAGACAAUAACAAGCAAAAAGAACUGUGGCUGGAAGAAGCUAAAGUCAAGAUGCGCCAGCAGAUGCUCGACGAGAUGAAGGAUGGAAUACCAGUUUCAAAAACUGAACAAUCGGAUAAUACAAUCAGCGAAGACUUUCAAUUGCAUGCACGCAAACGAAUUGAUCUAAUCAAACAGACUUUGAUCGGCGGCGAAAGAGUCGACGAUUUGCAGUUGCGGGAACGCCAUCGAAUGCGUAAAUUGGAGGCCAAAAGGCAUUUGAGUGCCAUUGCCCAUGCUUUGAGCCGUGUGGAGACUGAGGAUCGAGAUCUGCUGCAAGGGCACUAUGCUAACAUUCAGCAGGAGAUCAAUAUGAAAAACGAGCGUAUCAAGAAGUGUACGCAAAAGAUCAAAAUGCUCGAGCGUGAAGUUGCUGAUCUAAAUUCAGAAUUUCAGUUGGAUCGUGAGGAUUACUUAGACGAAAUUCGGCAUCUAGGUCGAAAUUUGAAAUUCUAUCAGCUUCUUUUAUACAAAGCACAACCAGUUCUACGAAAAAAUGGACGAAACUGGAAUCCAGAACAUAUAUUGGAAAACUCUCUUUGGAAUGAUGAUCUUAAGACCUGGAAGUUGCCCAAUGAGAUUGAAAACAAUUUGAAAUUACCACCAGCCAAUCUUAGAUCAGCAUAUCAUAGGAGAAACUUCUUUGAAAGCAAGGACUCGAAUUCCCAAUUGGAAGAAGACCACAAUAGAGUAGAUUAUACAGAAUCUGAAGAUAGUGCACUUAUUAGCGAAGAAUCGCCCGAAACGUAUAAGGUGAACAUACUAAAAAAUUAUUUUCGACCCAAUCGUAAAAAUAAUGACCAAUGGUUACAAAGAACCAAAAGCUCCCAGGCGCAUGUCCAUGACUUCAAACUACGUCGAAACACUCCAUUGCCAAUCAAUGAUCUACAGUCGUCAUAUCUUCAGAAAAAUCGCCAAUUAAGACUAGAUAUUAGCCUAAGGGACAAUCCAAAAAAGAUAUCUGAAGAACUAAAUAAAUCAAGCUGAAAUAAAAAUUUGCACUUUAUACGAGUUAGAUGAUUACACACACAAAAUAUUUUAAAAAAAUUAAGAAAAUAUA